AUGGCUUUGUCGCGGGAGUCGCAGCGCUCGCUGCUAUCCGAAGAUUUGAUCAACGCUCCACCCGAACGUUCUUGGAAUCCAUUCAACAAUCGUCUAACGGACUCGGGCCAUCGCUACCAUGCCCCCUCAGAUAGCACCAGUAGCUGUUCUGAAGAAGUCCUGCGCGAUGUUGGUCUAGGCAUCUCGAACUCAUCGGGCGACACCAUCCCGGGACAAAUACCGGCGUACAAUCGCCAUUCGACCGAUAGCACUGUGACUACAACUCCAAACAGCUACAGUGCUUCGCAGACUCCACAUACGAGCAACGGUUCUCCAGAAACGGCUCUCGUGGGUCCCGUUGACAGUCUUGGUGCUCGCUGUUUAUGCCACCGUCUUUUCAGGUCGUGUUGCGAUGCUCGGGGUCCAUCUCCACGGUAA